UUCAGCAGCCUAUGCCCUAUCCGCAACUAGGAAAUACGACAUCGUUAUAACCCUUAAAAUACAUAAAUAAAUAAAUAGCGAAAAGCUUUACGCGUUCGCUUUCCCCUUUCAGCUUCUGGCUUGGACAUGGGAAUGCGAAAAUUGGAAAAAUAAUGCGGAAGCUGAACCAGUUCUUGUCUGGAGGUGAUGAAGAGAAAGAAGAGAGCUUAUUGGAUGAAGAAUCAGAUGACCUUUGUUCUCUCUCUCCUACGCAGAGAAUGUACGCAUUUGCUGCCUGUUUGAUCGCUGGUCUGGCUUGUAUGUUUCUGUCAUUGAUUGUCUUUGUCAGGCCAAUCAAAUUUGCAGUAUUAUUUACCUUUGGCAAUGUGUUGGCAGUUGGAAGCACGGCCUUCCUCAUUGGACUUGGGCGGCAACUAAGUAUGAUGUUUGACUCGGUCCGAGUUUAUGCAACAGCAAUUUACCUUGGAUUUGUAGUUAUAUCUCUUAUUUGUGCUCUCUUGAUCCAUAGCAAGAUUUUAACAUUAAUUGCAAUUAUCUGUGAGAUUUGUGCCCUAAUUUGGUACAGUCUGAGUUACAUUCCAUUUGCUCGAACAAUGGUGUCUAAUUUGAUGAUCCGAUUCUGUGACACUGAGCUAUAAAUAAUGCAAAUACGAGGAGAUUGAUUACUCGGGCUUGGUUUCCGGCUUUGUCUUCCUGGGUUUUUCUUUCCCUUUUUUCCCCAAAAAUUUGAGUUGGUACUUUGUUUGGGAUUCAUAUUUACCUGAGUGCAGCUUUUGUACAUCAUAUUUGUUAACAGGCAUUGCAUGGUUCAGGAUUUCUUGAUUCUGUUUCUUGCCA